AUGAGAUUCGCUUUGAUCAGCCUAGUCGUCUCGCUCAGCGCUUCAGUCGCUUAUGGAUCCAGUAUCGGAGCACGAAAAGCUUCUGACAUGCAAACCAGUUCGCCAGCCAUGAACGGUACUGGUAACAGUAGCUCAGUGAUCCCGAUCACUAACUCAAGCAGUCCUUCAAGCAAUGGUACCUCUAAUACCAAUGGUACAGCUAUCCCAACCAAAGAUACUAUUCAAGCUAAGAUCACUAAAUUAGAAAGCAAGAUUGCAAAAUACAAACAAGAGAUCGCUCAUGAAGAAGAAAAACUAGCGAAACUAAAGGCUAAACAACAACAAGAGGGUAAUGGAAAAAAGGAUGAUAAGAAAAGUUCAGAUGAGAAGAAACCUAAACCAGAUGGUAAACCUGGUAAAGAUGCCGAUAAAUCGACUCCUGGCAAGAACGGAACAUCAACUGAUCCAAAAACUAAUGGAACAUCUACUACUCCAACCAAGAACGGGACAUCUACUGCUCCAACCAAGAAUGGGACAUCAACUGUUUUACCCAAACUCGAUUCAUAA